AUGCAAAGGGCCGUAAAAAGGCUGAAUUGCUCAUCGCUGAAGCUGGCCACGCGGCCGGGGUCGCAUCGGGGCUACGCGUCGGCCAAGCGCCCGUCCAACGGGCCCAAGCCCGCGCUCGACAUCAAGCACAUCCGCCAGCACCCCGAGCUCUAUGAGACGACGUGCAGGGAGCGCCUGUACACGGCGCAGGCCAACAACCCGGCCAAGAUUAUCGCGCUGAGCGAGCAGCUGGUGCAGCUGCAGCACAGCGGGCGCGGCCUGCGCGAGCGCGCCAACCUGCUGCGCCGCGUGCUGGCCAACCCCGCCACGCUCACCGACGACAGCACGCUCGGGGACCUCAAGGCGCUCAGCCGGGAGGAGCUGCACGCCGACGCGCGGCGCAUCAAGGAGGAGCUAGCCGUCAUCGUGCAGGCCGAGACGGACGCGCAGCGGGCCAUGGAGGAGCUCGCGCUGCAGCUGCCCAACCUCACCAGCGCCGAGACGCCGCGCGGGCCGGAGCCCCGCGUGCUGACCUACAUCAACGAGAAGCCCUUUUUCGACGAGGAGGGCCGCAGCAGCAGCAGCGGCAGCCACAACAUCUGGCGCUCGCACGUGCACAUUGGGGCCGAGCUCGGCAUCCUCGACUUUGCCAGCGCGUCGCAGACGUCGGGCUGGGGCUGGUACUACCUGGUGGGCGCGGCGGCGCAGCUCGAGCAGGCGCUCGUGCAGUACGCCCUCGCCGUCGUCACGCGCCACGGAUGGACGCAGGUCGCGCCGCCCAGCGUCGUCUACGGCCACAUUGGCGCUGCGUGCGGCUUCCAGCCGCGCGACCAGCACGGCGAGCAGCAGGUCUACGCGAUUGCGCAGUCGCCCGAGGACGCCGCCGCGGGCGUGCCGCCGCUCGCCCUUGCCGGCACCUCGGAGAUUCCGCUCGCCGGCAUGAAGGCCAUGGCGACGCUCGACACGGCGGACCUGCCGCUGAAGCGCGUGGCCGUGUCGCGGUGCUACCGCGCCGAGGCCGGCGCGCGCGGCGCCAGCACCCGCGGCCUGUACCGCGUGCACGAGUUCACCAAGGUGGAGAUGUUUGCGUGGACGCGCGCGGACCCGGACGAGGCGCAGGACGUCUUUGACGAGAUGCUCGACAUGCAGACCGAGAUUGUCGGGUCGCUGGGCCUGCACGCCCGCGUGCUCGAGAUGCCCGCGGGCGACCUCGGCGCGUCGGCCGCGCGCAAGGUCGACAUGGAGGCCUGGUUCCCGAGCCGCCAGGAGCACAGCGCCGGCUGGGGCGAGGUCACCUCGGCCAGCAUGUGCACCGACUACCAGACCCGGCGGCUGCAGACCCGCGCGAGACCCGGCGGCUGCAGCGGUGGAAGCGCGGAUGCUGGGUUCCCGUGGACGCUCAACGGCACGGCGCUGGCGGUGCCGCGCGUGCUGGCCGCGUUGCUCGAGGUCGGCUGGAACGAAAAGGCCAAGACGGUGACGAUUCCGGAAUGUCUGAGGCCGUGGAUGGACGGGCGCGACAAGAUUGGCCCGCCGACGCCUCGCAAGAAGUCGUCCAGUUAG